CUGCUAGUGUUGCUGCGCUCAGGAGAGAGAGCUCCCACAGCCACACACUCACUAUACAGUCUGAUCUUCUACACCUGGUCUCUGCUAAACUUUAUCUAAAAGUUCGCAUUUGAAGAUGUUCAACGACAGUGCUUUAUAUUUAGAUCCGUCCUGCCUACACCAGUCUGCUUCCUCCUCAUAGAUAUAACUUUAGGCGAUUUUUGUAUUCUAUUGACCAAGACGUCUCCAGAUUCCCAGCUGCGGAGAUAUGUGCGAGAGAACGGGGUCGGAGCAGUGCACGGACUGUCUUUCGCCCGCAGAGGAAAAGCGUGGAAUAAACACGAAUUAAUGUGGAAUUUAUUGGAGCCCAAAGCUGGAAGGACGACUGGACACAGCGCUUCCUUAUCAGGGACUAACUGACCAUGGUCGCCGUGUUUCGUUCUCUCUUGGUACUGCUGCUGGCUCAGGUGUUGCUGGGAGGCGCUGCGGGACUAAUCCCCGAGGUCGGCCGGAGGAAGUACAGUGAGUCCGGGAAACAGAGCCCGGAGCAGUCGGAGAACUUUCUCAACGAGUUCGAGCUGCGGCUCCUCAAUAUGUUCGGACUUAAGCGGAGGCCGAACCCGAGCAGACAGGCUGUGGUGCCUCAGUACAUGGUGGACCUGUACCGUAUGCAUUCGUUGAACGGAGACCACAGCACUAAACGGCCCCGGAGCAUGGGGAGGCACGCAGAGAGAGCCGCCAGCAAGGCCAACACGAUUAGAAGCUUUCACCACGAAGAGUCCAUGGAGGCUCUGGCCAGUCUGAAGGGCAGGACAACCCAGCAGUUCUUCUUCAACCUCACCUCCAUCCCUGGAGAAGAGCUUAUCACCUCUGCAGAGCUCCGGGUAUACAGGGACCAGGUCCUGGGGGCCACAGCAGCUCCCACCAGUAACACCAGUCACAACAGCAGUAACAGCUCCAGGACCAGUGCUGGUGGCUUCCAUCGUAUCAACGUGUACGAGGUGUUUGGAGCCCCUGCGUCUCCCCGUGGGGAACCCCUGACACGCCUCUUGGACACGCGGCUGGUGCAGGACUCUCUGAGCCGCUGGGAGAGCUUUGACGUCAGCCCCGCCGUGUCACAGUGGACCUCCGGGGGGCGCCACAACCACGGCUUCCUGGUUGAGAUGCUCCACCCAGACACCCUGGAGGGCGAAGAGGGCCAAAGACAGAGACGACACGUCAGGGUAAGCCGCUCCCUCCACGGGGACCAGGACUCAUGGCCUCAGGCUCGCCCCCUGCUGGUGACCUACGGUCAUGACAGGCAGGGGAAUGCGGUGCUGCACAGGGACAAGAGGCAGGCAGCAGGCCACAGGAAACAGAGGAAGAAGCACCAACACAAGGCCAACUGCCGCAGACAUGCCCUCUACGUGGACUUCAGCGACGUGGGCUGGAAUGAGUGGAUAGUUGCACCCCCUGGCUACCAUGCCUUCUACUGCCACGGGGAGUGCCCCUUCCCAUUGGCCGACCACCUCAACUCCACCAACCACGCCAUCGUUCAGACGCUGGUCAACUCUGUGAACUCCAACAUCCCCCGGGCAUGCUGCGUGCCCACAGAGCUCAGCCCCAUAUCACUGCUCUAUCUGGACGAGUAUGAGAAGGUCAUCCUCAAAAACUACCAGGAUAUGGUGGUGGAGGGAUGUGGCUGCCGGUGAGACACACCGAGACAGAAGGAUGGAGGGAUGGAGAGACUCAGAAAGAGAGAGAGAGGGAGGUUAUAUGGACACCCGGUUUCCCAAUGAAGACGUUUUAUUUAUAUGACAGAAAAGACACAAACAUAGCUAUUUUGGAAGAAGAUUAAAAACAAAUAUAUAUGAAUAUAUUUAUGUCUACUUAAAGUUGGGGAAAAAAAUAAAUAUUUUACUCAGAGGAAUAAUCCUUUACUGGUUUUGAAAAUGUAUUUCUGAUGUACAUUUCAAAAUGGGUGCAAUACCACAUGAAGUACAAUGCUCAGAUUUUUAUUUGUAUUUAUUUCUAUUAUAACCACUUUAUUUGUAAAUAAAUAAUGUGUAUUUAUCAUGAGAAAACACUUUGGUUGCUCCAAUUGUCCACACUUGUCCAGCUGACUUCCCAAUUCGUGUUGAAAAGCAUUCAAAUCAAACUAAGGAUGUCACGGGGUCAAAAGUAGCAGAACCUCUCCCACAUAAAUUAGCCGCAAAAUAACAGAGAAGACAAGGUUAAAAGCUAACUCUCUAACAGUGGAUGCCAAGAUGAAGCAUUUACACCUCUUAUGAUAAACGCACAGUAACUGGAGCCUGGCGGUGUGUUUUGAAAGGGUCAGUGUAAGUGAUGUAAUGGUCUGCAGUGGGGUACAGAAUCACAGAAGGGUCCAAGGCUGCUACAUCUAUACAGAUGUUAUAAGGUCUCUGGGGAGGACUGGGAAAACACAGCGAGAUGUUUUCCUCCAGUAGGUUUACAUGGCAUUGCACAGAUCCCUGGGAAGGAAACCAGAGGUAAAAAUUAACCCCUGGGAAAAGUUCAUUUUCUUAACUUGAGAGAGAGAAAGAGAGAGAGGGGGGAAGUAGGGAGAGAGAGAAAGAAAACCAACAAGCUGAGUUGUGUCUGUGCUAGGGAUUUGUAUUGUGUCUGUGCUAGGCUGGGCUGGGCUGUGCUGUGCUGUGAGGUGCUGUGAGUUUGUUGACUGUGCGAUUUGAGACAUGACAGGCUGCAAGCUAUCAGACAGACACAAUGGGCCCUCAGCAAGACACAAUGACUACAGCUGCUUUAAUUAAUAAAGACAAACAAACACACACACAGACACAGGUGUCCCUGCUCCAUAUGCACAUGCUCAGGCACAUUGUCCCGCUUUUGGCUGCCUUCUUCUGUUGUGGUUUUAGUUCUGUUAAGCUCCGUUAUACCUGGUUCUAACUUGCGUCCUUUGUCCUGAUCUUGUCCACAUUCUGAUUGUGCCCACAUUUUUUGACAAUAAAAAAACUGAUCUGAUUUUGAAUAGAGGUAGUCAGACACGUCUAGAUAUCUUACAAGUGUAAAUCAAUCUGGACAGUGAAACUAUUGAAAUGAUCAUUAUUCCACCCUCUAAAGUCAUUGACAGGUGGCACCAUUGACUGAUUACAUCAAUAUGUGUCUAACAAUAGAUAGAUGAAUAUGAUUUUGAAAGAAAAGCUGUGAAAUAAUUAGCAUAAAGGAAGGGACCAGGAAAUGUGUCCACAAUGUAGAUACAAUGGACGGAUAACAGACACAUUUUAAUACUAUAUGUAGACAUAUUUCUGUAAAGGUUGGCACAAUAAGAAUAUAGAAAAGAUCAGGACAAAGGACCCAUGUUAGCACCAGGUAUAAACGGGGCUUUAGAAUGAAUGAACACUAAUGAACAACACUCCAAGUGACAAACAACAGGGGAUUAAUGCUCAUACCUUAUUCAUAUGGACAGAUAAUGGCAGGAUGGGAUGGCAAAAACAAAACAUAUCACAUGUCCAAGACAGAGCACAGACAUAAAGGUUAGAAUUAAUAUCUUAAUACUUUUAUUGUUCUCAGAGAAGUAAUGCAAUCACUAGCCUACAUGGAGUGACUGGGAAUAGUCCUAAAAGAGACAGAUGAAAUACAUACUGGAGCCACACUGGCGGGGUAGAUAAUGAGAGAGUGAGAAGAAGAGAGAGCGAGAGAGGAAAGGUUGUGGAGUUUGACAGACUGUUUUCUGCUGUGUUUGCAUUAGACAGAGUUUGGAACGGAACACAAGGCAGCUCAAGAAGCUCUAAAUAUAAUGUUUUUUAUACGAGCGCACAUUGGAACCAUGGAAUGUUGGUUUUAAACUCAGACACAUGCAUGCACUCACUUGCAGAGAGCAACCCAUCAUGGUUGUUUUUUCAAUCAGCGAAGACUUUUCUGGUAGGCUUUUUGGGGAAACAAUCCAUUUUAACAAAUAUAUGCUUUCAACUCAAGUUCAUCUAUCGUUUAAUAGUACCGGAGUUACAUUUCCAAACGGCUGUAUAAUGGUGAAAUGUCUUAUCCUUAAGCCCCUAAGUCCUAAGAUAACAACUUUCACUCAUUCUCUGAUGUUUUGCCAUUGUGUAUAUUGAGAAGUCAUUGUGCAACAGACAGAUGUUAUUUGUAUUUUUUUAAACCUUUUUUUAAGCAGGGAGUCAACAUUGAGACCAGUCUCUUUUUCACAAGGGAGUCCUGCAUAUACAAUUUCAUGAGAUAAAAACAAAAAUCUAAUACAAUAUAAAACAAGUAAAAUACAGCAAAACACAAAUAUUUAAGAAAAACUAUUACAUUCCUCAGUAAAAAGAUGACCUAAUACCUAAUCUUACCCAGCACCCACCUGGGUUAUGCAACAAGCAGCCAUUUUGUGCUAGAGCAGUUCCGGUCCAUCAGUUUCAAUCCCCUGGCCUACACAUGUUAUUUUAUUUUACCUUGCAUCCGUUCCCCCGAUAGUUCUCAUCUGGUGUCCAUUUCUGUAGUGUAGACCCCAACCACAGAACUCAGAGCAGCACAUGGUCCCCCCCUAUAGCCCUGCCUGCCUGCCUGCCUGCCUGCGUCUGUCUGUCUGUCUGUCUGUCUGUCUGUCUGUCUGUCUGUCUGUCUGUCUGUCUGUCUGUCUGUCUGUCUGUCUGCCUUUCAGCCUGUCUGUGUGCCUUUCUACCUGCCCGUCUCCCUCUCUGCCUCCCUCCCUACCUUGCCACAGCACACCAUUUUAAUGGACUUCAGGAGGAAGUCACUUCGCUGACAAAGUUAAUGAAAAUGUGAUGAAAAUCAACUAAAUGUUCAACAGUAAAACUUUACACCCCCCUCCAAAAAAACCUGAACUGCCAACACUUUUAGGUCGGAAGAGGGGGAGAGGGGGUUGGAAGAAAAUGCCUGUGUUAAAACAAUGUUAGAUUUAAUGGUUUGCCUUUAUAGCUACAGUCUAUAAACCUUUCAUUGGAGUGGGGGGAAAUACUGCUCCCAGGGUGGGGGACACGUGGGGUGUACUCCUGAAUGUUGCCCUCCUUGCCCCCUAAUCCAACUCCACUUGGUUCUGGUACUCUGUGUCAGCCAGUGUUUCUCACCCCCCAGGGGCUGGCUUUAGGGCCAGGUUUAUAUCAGCAACCCCCCCUUCUACCCCACCUCCUCCCCUUCCUAUCCUAGGGGACCAAGGUUAGAGGUCACAGUAAUGAUCUAUUAUGACUCACUUCUACCACAGCUCUGACUAGCAGACUUGUCACUUUGCCAUAAGCUGUUUGUGACAAUGCAGAGUGACAGUCCUCAGUUCUAUUAGGGUAGACUACCAUGAGCACUGCACACUGUCAGAUAAGACUGUGUGUGUAUAUUUCUGUUAUGCCCAUGUAUUAUGGUUUAGCUAAAAACAACUGUGAGAUAUGCUGUGUGAGAUAUGCUUGGUUUAAAGGGGUCCUCCUUCACCUGCUACACAGGCCUCAAACUAAAUCCCUCUCCAAACUCAAAGCUGGUUAUUUUAUUCCCUUUCUGAGCAUCUGGUAAAUAAGUUAAAGGUGUGCUUCUCUGUUUUUGUUUACACACAACAGAACGGCUGCAGAACUGAUGAGAAUAACAUAGAGAGAGAGGGAGAGAGGGACUCUCCCUCUCAAACUGGCAUGGCAGGCCCAUUCGUUUAGCUGUGUGCAAACCACACCAAAAGUAUCUGCAGCCCCAACAACCAAAAUCAUAAGGGUUCUGAAAUCAGAUUUCCAGAUUUCUGGCGGUGCUGUAUUCGGAAAGUGUGCGGCGUGCCGUGCACCUUUGAUGAAGCGAAGUGCUCCGUCCGUCGCUAUGGGAGAUCUCGGCCCCGGCCUCUCGCCAGGCAGGGUGGGGCGCUUGUGACUCUUUCUUUCUUCUUCUUUUUGUCUUUUUUUCUUCAUGUGCUGCACGCUAAUUUUAGAGGUGGUGCACUGCACAUGGUGUUUUUUCUGUUUUCCGAGAAGCAUCAGUGAGAUGACGUCCAGCAUAGCUGAAACUGUGGCAUCUCUGAACACAUCAAAAACAGGCGCUCGUUUGUCCACACAGUCAACAGGAGAAACAAAUAUGGAAAUGGAUUUUUCCAGAAUGACUGGGAGAGAUGAUAGUACUUAUUCUUAUAUAGUAUUUUAUUCCAUUGUGUGUGUGCGUGUUCAUGAUUUUACUAUCCUUGUGGGGACCAGAAGUCCUCACAAGGAUAGCAAAAAAACAAGUGAACAUUUUAACAUGGAAAAAGGCUAUUUUAGGCUUAGGGGUCAGCUAUAGGGUUAAGGUUACAAUUAGGGUUAAGGGUUAGGUUUGGGUUUGAGGUUAAGGUUAGGGUUAGGUUUAGGGUUAGAUUUAGGGUUAGGUUUAGGUUUAGGGUUAGGGUUAGGGGUUAGGUUUAGAAAUGGGAAUCAAUUGUUUGGUUUCCACAAGAAAAGUAAAACAAACGUGUGUGUGCCUUCUCGUGGUAGUGGAGCUAAGCCACAGUGCACUGUCAAGGGCCUACUCAUUCUAGAAGAGGCUACAUUGUUAAAUACUUCUCCUCAAGGCAACGUGGAUGGACAUGAGUCUAUUCCAGGCAGCCAGUGUAUUUAUGAUGGACUCACCAAUAGGCAAACAGGGAUCCAUGUUUCACAGUUUUAUAUUCUGAACUGACCAAUUAAUCCUCCAGCUAAAGACCACAUUACAGAGUCUUCACAAAAAAACCUUGGCUUACUCACCUCAACAUUAAGUCUUGUCACAGUUUCUCCUGUGAGUUGCCAUGUUGCGUGGAUCUGUCGCUCUCUCCAGGUCCCAACUGGAUCUAGAAUCAACAGACUGAAAAAACAAAUGUUUAUUUAAAAAAAAACUUUAUAAAUACAUGAUUUAGUAUUUAUUUAUUCAACCUUUAUUGAGGAAGAUAAGUCUUUAAGAUGAUAUUUUACAAUAAUGUCCAUAUUAUAUAAGGUGAUGAAAUAUACAAGGGUAUAUAACAAAGUAUUGAGAUGAACUUUUUUUAUUGACCAAAUACUUAUUUUCCACCAUCAU